CUGCUGCUCGGGUCGUUGCUGCGCCCAGAGCGAAGCGAAUGGGAGACCCCCGGGGAGCGAGGGCCGAGGUGGGCCCCGCUGGAAGAAGCGACCCGGGGGCGCCCGCGCCUGGCCCGGCAUCGCUAAAGGGAGAACGCGAAGAGCCCAAGCAGGAAUCUGUGUUAUUUCUUGGAGGCAAUGAAGUAAAGAGCAGUGCCGUGGUAAAGUAUUCAUCCGCUCCACCGCAAACAGCAUUUGCUCGUCUUCAAGAGAAGACUGAUCUGAAACUUCCACCUGCUAAUUGGUUACGUGAAAGUGCUAAACUAGGACAAGCAGGGGCAACUAUUCUUGGGAACAGCAAGAAAAGCAAGCCUUUUUCAAGCUUUGGUAUGGCGUAUGAUUUUAUCGACUCAAUUGGAAAUGAUGUGGAUGUGGUAUCUGAUUCUGAGAAUAUUAAAAAGCUUCUUAAGAUACCUUACAGCAAGUCACACGUCAGCAUGGCAGUACACCGGAUUGGGAGAACUCUUUUAUUGGAUGAUCUAGAUAUUCAAGAGCUCUUUAUGAGAUCAUCGCAGACUGGAGAUUGGACGUGGCUAAAAGAAUUCUACCAGAGAUUAAUAGAUCAGAAGUGGCAACGAAAGAAGAAGAGCAAAGAACACUGGUACCAGAAAGCUAUACUUUCCAAAUUUUUAUAUUACAGCAUUAAUGGUGAUGGAGCUGCUCAGCCUGUUCCUACCACCGAAGAGCAACAUCAAGAAGAAACAGCUCAAGAUGAAACUGAUGAAGCAGGAAGGGUUUCUUGGCCAGCCCCUUUUGAAAUGCCUUCCUCACUUUCCGAAGAUGCAAGUGCUUCUAAUCAGGGAAGUGUGCCUCUUGAAUCCUCAUAUGUAGUGGGGCAUGUGGCCUCAGCCCCCAAAGAACAAAACCUAGCUACUUUGUUCAAUGACGGGGAAAACAGUCAGGGUCUUAAAAAUGACUUUGUUCGGAACAUCUUGUGGACAUUUGAAGAUAUUCACAUGUUGGUUGGAUCAAAUAUGCCUAUAUUUGGAGGAGGACGAUACCCUGCUGUGAGCUUGCGUCUCAGGGAUAACAAUAAGCCAAUUAAUGUGCUAACAGGCAUUGACUAUUGGUUGGACAAUUUGAUCUGCAAUGUGCCAGAACUUGUGAUGUGUUUCCAUGUCAAUGGAAUUGUUCAGAAAUAUGAAAUGAUUAAGACAGAGGAUAUACCUAAUUUGGAAAACUCAAAUUUCUCUACCAAAGUAAUAAAAGAUAUUGCUCAAAAUAUUUUGUCUUUUCUGAAAGCUAACUGUACCAAAGAAGGACAUACAUACUGGCUAUUUAAAGCAAGUGGAAGUGACAUAGUAAAGCUGUAUGAUCUGACCACUCUCUGUGAAGAAACAGAAGAUAAAUACCAAAACCCUUUCACGAUGCCAGUGGCAAUCCUUCUCUAUAAAGUUGCUUGCAAUAUGAUGUUGAAGAAAAAUCAAAAUAGGAAACAUUAUGGUACUAUCAGAACAUUACUCCUUAAUUGCGUGAAAUUAUUGGAUAAGGGUAGACAUCCGCAGAUUAUUGCUUCAGCGAACUACAUGCUCUCAGAACUGUUCCAGCUGGAUGAGCCAAAGAAGGAAGAGAGUGGUGAGUUUCCCUUAAAUGGUAACUCUGAUGAAAGCUACAGUGAGGAGGAGGAAGAAAUGCCUGAUAGUGAUGAAAAUGGUUCCUAUAGCACCAGCUCAGAUCCUCCUGAUGACAACAAAGCAGUUGCUGUGAUCAAAUCUGUUGGAGAACUGUCAGUACCUGAAAAAUAUAAGUCUACCCAUCAAAUACGUCCUAGUUGUGCAUUUCCUGUUUGUCAUGACACUGAAGAACGAUGCAGACUAGUACUCAGCUAUGUUCUUGAGGGCUUAAAAUCGGUUGACAGUAGCAUCAAGAAGGAAGGUGAUCUUCCUGCGGCAGACCCCAGUACUCCUAUUCCAUUAAAAUACGAAGAUGAAUCAACAAGUGUUGGUCCUGAGUGUCUUGAAAAACAGAUGGCCUUGUUUUUAGACAAAAUGGGCUCAUUUCAGGAAGUUAAACAUUCUAGUCAGUCAGGAAUGAUCCCUGGGUCCUGGCAGUACAAAAUGAAGCUUCAGCUGAUUUUGAAGUCCUCGAAGGCUUACUAUGUUCUUUCUGAUGCUGCUGUGAGUCUUCAAAAAUAUGGAAGAGCUUUACGGUACAUAAAGCUAGCUUUACAGUGCCAUGAUACAUAUUGCUGCCUCUGCACGAACAUGCUUUCUGAAGUACUCCUGUUUCUUUGUCAGAGUUUAACUCUUUGUGGUGAUAUCCAACUAAUGCUGGCCCAGAAUGCAAACAACAGAGCUGCAUAUCUUGAAGAAUAUAACUAUCAAACAAAAGAAGAUCAGGAAAUACUGCAUAGCCUUCAUAGAGAGUCCAGCUGCCAAGUAUUUUCUUGGGCGACUGACCUGUCUACAGAUUUGGAAUGCCAACUUUCCAUUAGCUGCAAAUGCUAUGAGGCAGCUAAUGAAAUUUUGCUUUUUAGCAAUUUAAAAGAGCAGAAUCCAGAGCAACAUGCGCAAGUAAUGAAGAGAAUGGGUAACAUCCAAAAUGAAAUUGGAGUAUUUUACAUGAACCAAGCAGCUGCCUUACAGAGUGAAAGAGUGGAGAACAAAAUGGUGUCUCCAGCAGAACAGCAACUUUGGAAGAAAAGCUUCUCUUUUUUCGAAAAAGGGAUUCAAAACUUUGAAUCCAUUGAUGAUGCAACCAAUGCUGCUCUUCUCUUGUGUAACAUGGGAAGACUGAUGCGGAUUUGCGCUCAUGCUCAUUGUGCUGCUACGGGAGACUUUAAAAGAGAGUUUUCCCCUGAAGAGGCCCUUUAUUAUAAUAAGGCUAUUGACUACUAUCUGAAGGCCUUACGAUCACUAGGCAGAAGGGACGUCCACUCAGCAGUCUGGGAUUCUGUCAACUGGGAACUGUCCACUACAUAUUUUACUAUGGCAACUCUGCUGCAAGAUUAUGCACCAUUAUCCAGGAAGGCUCAGGAACAGAUAGAAAAAGAAGUUAGCGAAUCAAUGAUGAAAUCCUUGAAAUAUUGUGAUGUUGAGACAGUGUCCGCACGACAACCCCUUUGCCAGUACCGGGCAGCUACAAUUCAUCAUAGGCUGGCUUCCAUGUAUCACAGUUGUUUGAGAAACCAGGUUGGUGAUGAGCAUCAACGUAAACAGCACAGAGUACUAGUUGAUCUUAAUUAUGGUAAAGCUGUGAAGUUUUUUCAACUUCUGAAGGACGCACCGUGUGAGCUCCUUCGUGUACAGUUGGAAAGAGUAGCAUUUGCAGAAUUUCAGAUGGCAAGUCAGAAUAGCAGCCCUGGAAAACUGAAGACGUUGUCUGGGGCCUUGGACAUAAUGAUACAGACUCAGUCAGUUUUUCAGCUUAUCCGAAAGGAACUUGUUGCUGAAUAUGAGCCGAGACUUGGGGAUGACACCAGCAAUGCUGAGAGAGUGCCCAAUGAAAAUUCCUCUACUAGCCUCAAUAAAGAGGAAGUAUUAAAGCUCCUUGGCAUAUUUGAGUCUCGAUUGUCCUUUCUCCUCCUUCAGUCCAUCAAGCUGCUUACUUCGACCAAAAAGAAAGUUGGAAGUAACAGUGAAGAAGAAAAAAAUCUUAAGACUAAUAAGUAUGUGUACUCACUUCUGUUGCGAUCUGCAGCAAACAAAAACCUGACUUUGCUAGAAAGAACAGAAGUUGUUUUAAACCUACUGGAACAGCUGACUCAGGAUGGUGAAGGCAGUAAUCUGGGAAUUCAGUGACCCAACGUAAUGCUGGUACACGUCACAGCUGUUGAAUCAGUGCCUUGCUCAAAAAGGGAACUGUGAUUCUCUUCUAUAGGGGCUGCUUGUUCUAAUGUAUAUUGUUGCAUAUUUAUAAGGUGUACAGCUGGAAAAACAAAACUUUAUCACAAUCCUUUGAAUGCUGUUACAAAUUAGCCUAUUUUUUGUUUUUACAUUUUAAAGUGUUAAAACAGAAAUGUACAGUUCAUUUUACCCUGAACCAUGAUGGGGUUUGUAGAGUUGCAAAGCAGAGUGGGUUUGCUGAGACUUAUGUAUUACAUUAAAAAUUUCCCUUAAACUGUUUUUAAACACAAUUUGGAAAGCAAAACCUCCAUUGGAAAGCAUCUGCCAGUAGUAUUAUAAUCAUUGGAUUCCAUAUGCAUAUGCAGACAUUAUUGCAACUCCUACCAUAUUUCUUCAAAAAUGUGCCUUUUCUGGUUUAGUGCAACACUUAAAAUAGACAUUAUCCUAGGAAAUGAAAUGGGCUCCUUUGUACCUCAACCACUACUUUUUUCCAGACAUGUGAAUAAAGUGUUG